AUGGUCAAGUUCAUCAAGGCUGGCAAAGUUGUCGUUAUCUUGCAGGGUCGCUAUGCUGGCAAGAAAGCCGUUGUCGUCCGCAACCACGAUGAAGGCACCAAGGAUAGACCUUACGGUUAUGCAGUUGUCGCUGGUGUCGAACGUACUCCUUUGAAGGUGACUCGCGCUAUGGGCAAGAAGAAGGUUGCCAAGCGUAGCCGUGUCAAGCCUUUCAUCAAGAUUGUCAACUACAACCACAUGAUGCCCACUCGUUAUGCUUUGGAGAUGGAACAAAUCAAGGGUACCGUUGCAUCCGAGACUUUCAAGGAUCCUGCACAACGCGUGGAGACCAAGAAGGUUAUCAAAAAGUUGUUCGAAGAGAGAUAUCAGACUGGCAAGAACAAGUGGUUCUUCAACAAGCUGAGAUUCUAA